AGGCAGCAAGUGGGACUGAGAUCUGAUUCUGUGCCCAGGACUGGAUGCUGGCAUGGCCCUGCAGUUUCUGGCUCUGAACUUUCUCCUGGUCCUUUUUCCUCUGCUGGCAGCACAGGGCCAGGAAGAACCUGAUUCCCUGGUCCAAGGAGCACCCCAAGGAACAGAAACGUGCAAAAGGCCCCGGUGGGACCCAGGACUCCAUCUGGAACCAGAUCUGCAGGAGUAUAAGAAAAAUGAAGAAGUGAUGUUGAGCUGCCCUGAGGGUUUACAGCCAUCCUACACCCAAGUCAGAUGUUCAAGAGAAGUGCAGAUCAUCAUUAAUGGGAAGCCUAUUUACAGGGAAGUUUGGCUGGGAAGAGCCAGCAGUGGUUCCUGGAUCCGCAUUCGGUCCAGAGUGGAGUGUGUGGAGGUGCUAGAAGUUGUCCCUGCGACCCUGGAGGUUUCCAGCACCAGCAUCAAACUGAACUGGACCUGCAGAUUCCCUGAUGCCUGCCAGCACGUGCAGGCCACAUGCCGGCUGGCAGGGCCUUCCUCACCUCCUUGUACGGCUGAGGAGGUCACUGGAGUGGAGCUCCUACACGGACAGAGGGGAACAUUCACCUGUCCUCCCCUGCAGCCCUUCACUGACUACACUGUCACCAUCUCGGUGCCCCCCAGCACAGUCCUGUUUUCAUGGAUGAUCAGGACAAAAGAAACAGUGCCGCAGAAGCUGGAGCAGCUGCAGCUGGAUGCCAGCACGGGGACCCUCAGGUGGAAGGCGCUGCCCUCCUGCCAAGGGGAGAUCGUUGGGUACCAGCUGAACGUCACGGCCAGGGCCUUGCAGGACGGCGGCUUCCUGCAGAUCGAGCGGCUGAGGCUGAGCAGCCAGACCACGGAGCACCCAUUGCCCGCGUACGGCCCCGGCACCACAUAUGCGGUGGCCGUGCGGGGCCUCACAGCCGUGGGUCCCGGAGCUGCAUCGCAGUUUCACACCAGCGGCUCAGAGACGCCCGAUGGCUGCUCCCGCCUCCUGCUCGAUACCUCUCCAUCUCAGGGCACCGCCGUGCUUCCCCUGCACCCCAUCUCCCAGCGCCCUGAGGCAGCGAGUGAGCACCAGCUGCUCGUGGCGGUGACACACAACAGCACGGUGCUGGAAGACGCCUGCUCGGGGGAGCUGCAGCCCUCCAACCACAGCCACCCUGCUGACCCCUACGUGGCCGCCGUGCUCAACCUCAGCGCGCCCACGGACUUCGUGCUGGGUGACGGGGCCCGCGGGCACGGCUUCCACAACGCUCCCCUGCACCCAGGAUGGGAUUACACCGCCCUGCUGCGCCUCGCCCGGCGCUCACCGCAGGCGGAGACAUUCACCUGCGUGUGCUACAGCUUCUCCAUGGGUAAGUGGUUCCUCUGCCCCACACCUGUGCCUGAGGGUCUUUCUGUACCCCCCCUUUUCCCAGCCCAUAUCCUUGCAAGGAGAGGAGCUGGGCAGUCCAGGAGCUCUUGUGGGAGCAGAGGAAACUUCUGUUUCCCAGAUACUGGGAGUAUUUACCUGCUAUAACCGGUUCCUACCUCCAUCUUCUUGGAUGCUCUCUGGAUCCUGAGGCUCUCUGUGGGUGCACAGGCUUUGGUACCCCUGGCCUUUUGGGCAGGUGUGCAUGGCUGCAGCUGGACCCCCUGCAGCUUCCAUGCCAUCAUCUCUCCUCAAUCUCGGUCCUAAUACUGCCCCAGUCCACAUGCAACCCCAGAAACACUAAUGCCUUGCCCAGCUUUGUGCUGAGGGAAAGGCAUGGAGGCAUGCCCAUGCUGAAGGGCAUCGCACCCAGCAUCUCAUAUCUCAUAUAUGAUCCUUGAUCCCACAGAUUUCCCGAUCCUGCAGUCACCUCUGCACACUUGCAGACAUCUACUUCUAUGGUCAGUGUCUGUGCAGACGUGUGGCACAGGCUGUGGCACUCACCCCUGGCUGUUUGUUAGUUUCAGGUCAGCCACCAUACCCAUGGCCAGGGAUUGUGAUUGGAGUGGUUGUGCUUUUGGUGCUGGUCCUCCUGUUUACAGGCAUCAUG